CGCGCCCAUAGCACCGUGUCAGAGACCGAUUGUAAAAAUGUUAAGGUACGGCAAAGUAAUUAGACAUUUAUCAAAAAUAACGAGAAAAACGUACACAAAUUAUGAGCAUUCACCCUUCAAAUAUAUCGGUACAGUAAGCUACAGUCGGCACUACAGCAGUGGUGACAAUAAUAAACCAAGUUCCACCAGACCUCCAGGAACUACAUUAAGAGCAGAAGAAUGCGUACCCUCUAACCAGUUGAAAUCAAAAGAGUCUUUUCCCCCAAACCCUGUUUGUCCAGCCGAUCCAAGUAUCGAUUGUCCUCUAAGUCCUAACAAAGACUGUGGGCAACCUUGCUCUGAAUCAUCUACGGACCAUGGCAAAAAGCAACAGAAAUUAUGGAUGCAAGUGCUUGCUGCUCUUGUCAUUACAGGAGCAACAAUCUACAUGGUCAAUGGGAUGGGAACCUCGGAAUCGAGUAAAAAAUCUCCACAAAGUAAGAAAAAAAAAACGGAGAGAAAAAAAGUAAAGGUUCCAGCCAUAUCUACAGAUAUUCCAACAGAAAUUCCAUAUCUUUUAAUUGGAGGAGGAACUGCUGCCUUUUCAGCAUUUCGAUCAAUAAAAUCAAGGGAUCCUAUGGCAAAGGUUCUAGUUAUAACAGAAGAAGGAUCUUUUCCUUACAUGAGACCACCGCUGUCUAAAGAACUUUGGUAUAAUAAAGAUAGUGAAUCAACGGAACAAUUGAAAUUUAAACAGUGGAAUGGCACAGACCGAAGUUUGUACUAUGAGCCUACAGAAUUCUACAUACCAGUGGCAAACUUACUCGAGUCUAAAAAGGGUGGAGUUGGAGUAGCUUUAGGAUGGAAGGUCAAUGAAAUAGAUGUUAUUAACAGGACAGCAAUACUGGAAGAUGGACAUGAAAUAAAAUACGAAAAAUGCCUUAUAGCCACUGGUGCCUCCCCUAAGAAUCUUCCGAUAUUUGAGACUGCAGAUGAUGCGAUCAAAAGCAAGAUCCUACCAUUUAGGACAAAUGAGGACUUUUUACAACUUGAAGAAAACAUUCACGAUCCUGCAAUCAAAAAUAUUGUUAUAGUCGGUGGAGGAUUCCUGGGUUCUGAACUUGCAUGUUCUCUCGUCAGAAACCUAAACCCUGAACAAAAAGUUGUGCAUCAGAUUUACAAAGAAAAGUUCAUCAUGGCUCAAGUACUACCUGAAUAUCUCAGUGAAUGGACAACGACCAAGGCAAUGCUUGAUGGAGUUAGAUGUAUGCCUGAAACUGAGGUCGCAGAUGUUGAGAUGAAAAAUGGAAAUUUGAAAUUAAUUUUGAGUAACGGAACUACUGUUGAUGCUGAUCAAGUAAUCGUAGCUGUUGGAGCCAAAGCAAAUACCGAUUUGGCCAAAGCCUCUAAUCUAGAAGUUGAGCCUGAGAUUGGUGGUUUUCUCGUGAAUGCAGAGCUUGAAGCGAGGAGCAAUGUGUGGGUUGCGGGCGAUACAGCGUGUUUUUAUGACGUAAGACUUGGCAGGAGAAGAGUCGAACAUCAUGAUCAUGCAGUAAUUUCUGGAAGAUUAGCUGGUGAAAAUAUGACUGGUGCCGGAAAGCCUUAUUUACACCAGUCCAUGUUCUGGUCUGAUCUUGGACCUGAAAUUGGUUACGAAGCAAUAGGUAUUGUCGAUUCAUCAUUGCCAACUGUGGGAGUUUUUGCCAAAGCAAUUGAGCAAAAUACUCCUCUUGGUGCAGUGACAGAUUCUAAUGAGAGUCAGAGAUCCGUUAGCGAAGAGCAAAAUUUGCAAGGAUCAGAAUCUACAGCUACUGUGCAAGUAACACCUGUAUCUCAAAAGUAUGACAACCCGCCUAGAAAAGCUGCAUUAAACGAGACUACAAAGCCUAAUGAUAUCAGUAGAGAACCAUGCAAAGAUAAGGAAAUAGAGAAAAUUAAGGAACCUCAUGAUGAUUUUAGCAAAGGAGUUAUUUUCUACUUGCGCAACGAUGUAGUUGUUGGCAUUGUACUUUGGAACCUAUUCAAUCGGAUGUCCAUUGCUCGACAGGUUCUUGCCAGUGGAACGCGAUAUGAUGACUUGAACGAGGUAGCUAAACUAUUUAGCAUUCACGAAGAUUGAUAGAACGACAUUGCCCUCAUUACCAGAUCACCGUUUGUAAAUAUUCGUGCUAUGAGUUAUCGAUUGUGCAUGUUUUCAAGGUAUGCCUGUACUAUAAAUCAAUCUUUGAUGGUCGAUGGAUAAAGUUUAGGAACUCUAAAAUAUUGUAGAUAUUUCAUGGUAGGAUCGAAAAAUCAGCGUUGUGUUUGAGACUCAGGUGAAGCGUCACAUUUGUUCGCAAUCGUACAAAGUUUAUGUGCAUUUAUUAUAAAUGUUGAAUUGAAUAUAUCUGCACAUUGUUAGAAAAUAAAAAAUACAAUUCUGCGUAACCGUGA